AAAAGGCACUUAACAAUGAUCUCCUCCCCCCACACACACAUUUGUGCCAGUUGUAGUCAGUUCUGUUGUCUUUUGUACAGUACAGUAAGCUUCAAAAUCGAUGAACGAUGGCAGCAAAUGCAGUAGACGCCACUCGAAAAUGGUGGGAAGAUCUAAAUCUGCCACCAAAUGUAGUACGAAAUCCAGCAUUAAUUAGUGAUAAACUGAAAGAUGCCAGGAUUAUCUUUCAGAAUAAAGCACUGUGGGAGAGAUUUAACGAACUACAAACGGAAAUGGUAGUGACAAAAAUUGGAAGAAGAAUGUUUCCUUCGGUAUCAAUUAGACUAUGUGGACUUUGUCCCAAUACAUAUUAUUUUAUACUGCUAGACGUCAUACCUGUUGAUAACUUUAGGUAUAGAUAUAAUGCAGGAACUUGGACGGUAGCAGGAAGAGAUCCAGCUGAAAUUUUAACACAGUUCUAUAAACACCCAGAUUCACCUGCUCUCGGAUCUCAUUGGAUGAAAGAUGAAAUUUUUUUUGAUAAAGUAAAAUUAAGUAAUGGACAGAUAGAAUAUAUAUCUCCAAACGACUCCAAAAUAGUUAAACGUAUCUCAAUUCGUUCAAUGAGAAAAUACAUAGUAAGAAUUCACUUGUCAGCCGAAAGUGAUAUAAGAUGUCUCAAUAUGAGAUAUUUCAAGACCUUCUGUUUAGAAGAAACAAAAUUUAUUGCUGUAACUGCAUAUCAUAAUGACCAAGUAACACAGUUAAAAAUAAGUUAUAAUCCUUUUGCAAAAGGUUUUAGAGAAGCAGCAUUCAAAAGAGGUGAAUCAGAUGGUGAUGUUUACGAAGAAGCUGAAAGAUCUAUAGUUAAAGUAGAAGCUGGCAGUAGUACGGAUAAUGAAACUGUUCCACAAACAGCAGUCCAGAUGCCUGAAUUUGAAAACAGGCGAGAAAUUUCUGCUGCCGAAGCGUAUUCUCGGUAUCAGGCACAGCAGGAGCAGGAGAAUCGAAGGGUGUCGUUUUUUCGACAUCCAAUUCGAUGGUAUGCUAAUAUGUUUGAUGAAGAUUUGCUUUACUUUCCUUUAUUUGCACAUCCAUCAUUUCUGUCUCCAGUUUUCUAUCCAAAUCACGGCAUACCGGGUGCCUUUGCUUUUCCACAUCAGAAUUUGAAUAAUCACUACAACGCAGAUUAUAACAACAGGGAUUAUCGUUCUCAAAACAGAGGAGGCACUUAAUGAAAUCAGUUUUUACAAAGCAUCAAACUUAUAAUCAACUUUUUACUACGAAUAAAACUCUGUGAUUUUUAUAUAAAUGUUUUGACAAAUAUUUUACAUAUUUAUAAAAUUGUUACUACUAAAUAAAACAAGUUUAAUAUUAAGCAUUGUCUUAAUUCAAAUUUGAUACACCAGAUACACCAGAAUUGAUAACAGUUCAAGUGAUAUAUAGAUAGGAUUGCAGAUGUCCCAGUUUUUGGAUGAUAUCCCAACUUGGUUUGUAAUUUUGUCUUGAUUGGAGGAAAAGUAUCAAAAAUUUAUGAAAAUUAAUUGGAAAGAGGAGCAACUUUCAGAAGCCCCCUAAGGUAAGAAAGGUGGCUGUAGUGUGACCUGACCUUGAUGUCCAGUGCUAAUGCAGCAGCUGAACUACUGUCAGUUCCCUCUUCCUAC